AUGGAUACCUCUGAUGAGCAAGCCAAAGUUCAACGGGAUCGCGGAUUGCAAAAUUGGAUUGCUGUAAAGCAGCGGGGACCAGGUCAGAUCCGGUUUCCAGGCCCCGAGGAGGAGGAGGAGGAGGAGCUUAUGGAUAGUGCUGGUCAGGUAUCGCAGCUUAAGGAAGAGAGCAGGGAGGUUGCGGCGGCGAAGAACAUUCGGGGUAAAUAA